AUGUCCUCCGUGACUCCCUCCGGCCCCACCGGGUUCACGGCGCCGGUUCUGGUCCAGUUCCAGCUGGGCCUGUUCAGGGAGGUGGUCCGAGUCCCGGCCGGCAACCGGAGCUACCGCCAUGCCACGAGGCUGGCGGCAGAGGUCAUAGAGCGCAAGGCUCCAGACUGCAGCGUGGUGGGUGUCGGGGAGAAGGUUCUGCUGUUCAGGCAUCGGUCCGCCUCCGAGCAGCUUCUGCAGCGUCUGACGGACGAAGACGAGCUGCAGGACGGAGACUUCAUCGAGGUCAUCGUCGCAGGAUCAGCGUCGGUGACGGAGGUGAGGAUCCGCCCCCACGCGCUGGUGGUCCAGUCGUACCGGACUCCCACGUUCUGCCACCACUGCGGGGAAAUGUUGUGGGGCCUCGUACGGCAGGGGUUAAAAUGUGACGGCUGCGGUUUGGACUUUCAUAAGCGUUGUGCGUUCCUGUUGCCUAGCGACUGCAGCCGGGCGCGGCGGCAGGUCAGCACCAGCCUGUCGCUGUUCCCCCCCCGACGACCCCGCACGCACUCGCUGUCCAAUCAGGCGGGAGGCAGCCUGGAAGAGAUCAGCAUGUCCAAGCCCUCCCGGCCCGUGUCGUGGGCGGAGCCUCCCGUGUGGCUGGGGGUCGGCCCCGGCGACGCCAGCGGGGUCCGGGUCCCUCACACCUUCCACAUCCACAGCUACACCAAACCCACCGUGUGCCAGUGCUGCCACCGGCUGCUCCGGGGGCUCUUCAGACAAGGGCUGCAGUGCUCAGACUGCCGGUUCAACUGCCACCGGCGCUGCGAGCUGCUGGUCCCCAGGGACUGUCCAGGGGAGAGGAGGGGCCUCGACGGGGAAGAAUGCACAGCGGCGGGUCACAGCUGCCCAGCAGACCCGGAGGACAACGAUUCACAGACGACCGAAAUCUCCGACGACGAGGCGUCCGGAGACGGAGACGUGGCGACCGAGGCCGAGGAAGACGAGCAACCGCGGGAGCCGAUGAGUCCAUGUUUCAGCAGCUACAUCCCUCUGAUGAGGCUCGUCCAGUCAGUGCAUCACUCAAAGAAAAGAGUGGGAGGAGUCCUGAAAGAGGGAUGGCUGCUGCAUCACACCGACUGUGACACACUGAGGAAACGUCAUUACUGGAUCUUGGACUGGAAGAGCAUCACCCUGUACCAGAAUGAGAGCAGCACCAAGUACUACAAGGAGAUCGCUCUGUCCGAGGUGCUGCAGGCCCGAGGCCCCGCCCACCUCGCCGUGCCCCCGUUGCCAGGCGACGGCGGCCACACCUUGGAGGUGGUCACGGCCUCGCUGGUGUACUGCGUGGCGGCCGGAGAGAGCGGGCCGGCCUGGGAGAGCGCCAUCCGCCGGGCUCUGAUGCCCGUGCAGAGCAGCGGAGAGGAGAGCCGCGAUAAAAAUCUGACGCUGUGCAGUGACGGCGUGGACAUCGGCUCGGUGUAUCAGAUCUCCACAGACGAGGUGCUCGGCUCGGGGCAGUUCGGAGUCGUGUACAAAGGCACUCACAGGAAGUCGGGUCGGCUGGUCGCCAUCAAGGUCAUCGACAAGACGCGCUUCGCCACCCGGCAAGAGACGCAGCUCAGGAGCGAAGUGGCCAUUUUACAGAAUCUGUCCCACCUCGGCGUGGUUCUGUCGGAGGGGAUGUUCGAGACGCCGGAGUACGUCUUUGUCGUCAUGGAGAUGCUCCACGGGGACAUGCUGGAGAUGAUCCUGUCCAGCGAGCGAGGCCGACUCCCUGAACGCAACACGCGCUUCCUGGUCGCGCAGAUCCUGGAGGCUCUGCGCUACCUGCACCUCAAGCAGGUCGCCCACUGCGACCUCAAGCCGGAGAACGUGCUGCUGGCCUCCAACCAGGCGCUUCCUCAGGUCAAGCUGUGCGACUUCGGCUUCGCCCGCAUCAUCGGCGAGAAGUCUUUCCGCCGCUCGGUGGUGGGCACGCCGGCCUACCUGGCGCCCGAGGUCAUCGGCAACGGCGGCUACAACCGCUCCCUGGACAUGUGGUCCGUGGGCGUCAUCAUGUACGUGAGCCUGAGCGGCACGUUCCCCUUCAACGAGGACGAGGACGUCCGGCAGCAGAUCACCAACGCCGCCUUCAUGUUCCCGCGGCAACCGUGGGCCUCCGUGUCUCUGGAGGCUGUGAGUCUCAUCAACAACCUGCUGCAGGUGUCGGUCAGACGGAGGUUCACCGUGGGCAAAACACUGGGACACCCCUGGCUGCAGGACUUCCAGCUGUGGUGCGACCUCCGGGAGUUCGAGCUGAGGCUGGGCGUCAGGUACCUGACGCACCGCGGGGACGAGGAGCGCUGGGCGCGCCACGCCCGGGAAAAGGGCCUGGACUUCCCGUCCCACCUCGGCCGGGACCCCGACGACGACGACCCCGAAGUGUGACCUCUGGGUCGGGGGGGGGG